AUGCCAGCUAUGAUGGCUGAAAUUAGCAUGACGACGGAUGUUUUAGAAAGUCAGCGCCCGGGGAUUUUCGGCGUUAAGGGUGCAUACUCACAAGCCUUUGGACUAAGCAAUGCUGCUUUUUCUGUUGGAACUCUUCUCGGUCCACUUUAUGCGGGAUAUAUCAGGGAAUGGGUGGGAUGGACUUCCAUGUUGAUGUCACUAGGUGGUCUAAGCAUCUUGAUGGUCUUGCUGGUGGUCAUGUUCACCGGCCAUCGAACUGUGAGUGACGAAGAAAUUUCCCAGACAGCCUGA